UCCGUCAGCUGACAUCAUGCAAACUAAUUAUCUUAUGGCAAUACAAUGUGUACACUCUGGUCCGUAUACAGAUUUUGCCUUCUCAGCCUACUUUUCAAUAGUUCAAGUCAGCAUCCAUGUUUGGUCUAUGUGCUAAUGCACAUCGUCAUCUAAUCAAGCAGCAAAGCAACCUAAUUCUACCAUACCUCUCCCUACGCCUCCAUAGCCAAGCAGAACUUCCUCGAAAGGAGAAAAAUGGCUGCGCUGCUCUUUCUAGCGCUUCUUUCAUCACUAUCCUUCCAGUUUUGCUCUUGUGCUUCCCCAUGGCAGACCAUGACCACUGGCUCGCACAUAAGAGCGGAGGAUCAUGACAGAAUAUUCCUCCUCUCAUCAGAUACCACCUUCUCUUGUGGUUUCCAUCAAGUUGGAGCAAACGCUUUCACCUUCUCCAUCUGGUACACCGCCGUGAAAACCGUCGUCUGGACAGCGAAUCCCUACUCCGCGGUGAAUGGCUACUACUCCCCAGUGAACCUUUACGGCUCCAGGAUAUCGCUGAACCAGGAUGGAAACCUGGUCCUGACAGAUACCAAUGGCUCGACGGUAUGGGAAAGCAAGACAUCUUCAGGCAAGCCCACAACUGUUUCCCUCCUCGACACCGGCAACCUUGUUAUCAAAGAUUUCGGCAAUAAUAUUGUGUGGCAGAGCUUUCAUUCACCAACAGACACCUUGCUCCCUUGGCAGAACCUGAAGAAAGACACAAGGUUAGUCUCUGGCUACCAUCACCUCUAUUUUGACAACGACAAUGUCCUGCGACUGCUGUAUGAUGGCCCAGAGAUUACAAGCAUCUACUGGCCUAGUCCAGAUUACAAUGCACUAACAAAUGGACGCAAUAGAUACAACAGCACCAGGGUAGCAUUCCUCGAUGACAGAGGUAAUUUUGUGUCAAGUGAUGGGUUUAAAAUAGAAGCUUCGGAUUCAGGUCCUGGGAUCAAAAGGAGGAUUACAAUGGAUUAUGAUGGCAAUUUCAGAUUGUACAGCUUGAAUGCAUCAACAGGGAACUGGGUGGUUACAGGGCAGGCUGUAAUACAGAUGUGCUAUGUGCACGGAUUGUGCGGUAAGAAUGGACUUUGUGAUUACUCAGAAGGCCUUAAAUGUAGAUGUCCUCCAGAACAUGUGAUGGUUGAUCCAACAGAUUGGAAAAAAGGAUGCAAAACGACAUUCACAUUUGGCAGCAACCAACCAUACCAGGACUUCACAUUUGUUAAGCAACCUCAUGCAGACUUCUAUGGCUUUGAUCUGGGCUCUAAUCAAUCCAUCUCAUUUCAAGCAUGUUGGAACAUUUGCCUGAACAGCAGAUCAUGCAUAUCGUUCACAUACAAGGGUGGGGAUGGUUGGUGCUACACCAAAGACUUGCUCUACAAUGGUCAGGUGUACCCAUAUUUCAGUGGAGAUAACUACAUGAAAGUACCAAAUAGUUUCAAUAGUUCAGCAUCAAUCCCCAAACAAGAAAGCCUAACUUGCAGACCCAAUGGGUCUGACAUCAUGCUAGGAUCGGCAACUAUGUAUGGACUGAAGAAGGACAACAUAAAGUGGAUAUACUUUUAUGUCUUCACUGCAAUAUUGGGAUCUCUAGAGCUGCUUGUUAUUGUGACUGGCUGGUAUCUUUUUUUCAAAAAGAAUAACAUGCCCAAGUCAAUGGAGGAUGGAUAUAGGAUGAUAACAAACCAGUUCAGGCGGUUUUCAUACAGAGAAUUGAGGGAAGCAACUGGAAAGUUCAAGGAAGAGAUUGGGAGAGGGGGCGCUGGCAUUGUGUAUAGAGGAGUACUUGAAGAUAAGAAAAUAGUGGCCAUAAAGAAGCUUACAAAUGUUCACCAAGGAGAGGAGGAAUUCUGGGCAGAAGUGACUCUAAUUGGAAGGGUCAAUCACAUAAAUUUGGUCAGGAUGAGGGGGUUUUGCUCAGAAGGGACACACAGACUAUUAGUAUAUGAGUAUGUGGAGAAUGAGUCAUUGGACAAGUACCUCUUUGGUGAGAGAAGUGCUGAAAGUCUACUCAGUUGGAGCCAGAGGUACAAGAUCGCCUUGGGCACAGCAAGGGGUCUUGCUUAUCUUCAUCAUGAAUGCCUCGAGUGGAUUGUCCAUUGUGACGUGAAGCCAGAAAACAUACUCCUGACUCGAGAUUUUAAUGCCAAAAUAGCAGAUUUCGGACUAGCCAAGCUUGCAAAGCGAGAUAACACUAGUUUCAAUUUCACUCAUAUGAGAGGCACAAUGGGCUACAUGGCACCAGAAUGGGCAUUGAAUAUGCCGAUCAAUGCAAAGGUUGAUGUUUACAGCUAUGGAGUUGUGCUUCUAGAGAUUGUGACUGGAACUAGGGUUUCAAGUGGUGUAAUUUUCAACGGAAGACAAGUGGAGUUUCCAGAGUUUAUCCAGGAGGCCAAACAGAUUCUGGCUACAGAGAGUAUCACUGAUCUUGUGGACGCCAGACUACACGGGCAAUUCGACCCAGAGCAGGCCAUCGCAAUGGUGACGAUAGCUGUUUCAUGCCUUGGAGACAGAAGCAAGAGGCCAACAAUGGAUGAAAUUUUCAAGGCUCUCAGGUCAUACGAUGGUGAAGAAGAAGACCAUCCCGCCUAUUCAUAUUGACAUGCAAUUGAUGGAAAAUUUGGGCAAUGCACGCAAAGCUUCGUUGGUGAUAUAGGCUAAUAAGAAAAAGUAGAUAAGAUGGAAAGAGUGUAUUGGCUUGCCCAUUUGCAUAAACUUAUCAUAGAUGUUGCAGGUUUUCUGUUUUAAAUGCAAUGAAUAAAAAUAGUACGUUCAACUGAUACUUCAUUGCA